CUUUGUGGGAAAUGCACCAUGUUCAAGAGUUUGUAUUUGGGGGGUAAAUGCGUCGUGUCCAAGACAAAUUUGACAAAUUGCAAUUGUUUGGUGUUUAUUUUGCAGCCGGUUCCCACGCUUUGGUUACAAUUGACCAGCGGCUCACGGGCGAUGCAACGGAGCGGCGCGGAGCAGCGAGGGCCGAGAGGAUGAAGUCGCAGCCGCCCUUGGCCGCCCGCUGCUCGGCCAUGGAGCUGCACCUGAAGGCGGCCUGCACCUGCCGGAGGCGGAGCCGCUCGGCGCUGUCUUGUGCCCUGCGCGUGCCCGGGGGCGCGGGAGGAGGCGGCGGGAGCGGGAGCGGGAGCGCGCGUUCCCGCGGCCGGCGGCGCGCACCCAGCGCCCGCGAGCGCAACCUGCGCCGCAUCGAGAGCAACGAGCGCGAGCGGCAGCGGAUGCACAACCUGAACCGCGCAUUCCAGGCGCUGCGCGAGGCGGUGCCGCACGUCGAGGCCGAUCGCAAACUGUCCAAGAUCGAGACCCUCACUCUGGCCAAGAACUACAUCGAGUCGCUCACCUCAACCAUCUUGGGCAUGACCAAGGAACACCCGCCUCCUCCCGGCCGCCAGGGGGCGCAACGUCCGCCUCCUCCCGGCCGCCAGGGGGCGCAACGUCCGCCUCCUCCUCCCGCCCGCCAGACUGAGAGCCGAUUGACUCCUCCUCCUCCUCCCGUCCGCCAGGUGGAGCUGCCAUCUGCGUCGUCGCGACCUCCCGGCCGCCAGGGGGUGCAGCGGCCGCCCCUGAAGAGUCCUCCUCCCGGCCGCCAGGGGGAGCAGCGGGCGCCUCCCACACGCCCUGGGCGGGCGGCUCGAGCCGCGAUGGAGGACGAGGACGACGACGACGACGACAUUAAUUCAGCCGACGGCAGCAGCCCGCCCCGACGCUGCUACCAGCUCCACUGAGGUCCCUCUGAACAAAGGUGGGCUGGAGGAGUAGAGGCCCCGCUUCACACCGCCGCUGGCCGCCUCCUCUCCACAGCCCGCGGGUCUCCCCGUGGAAGCGCUGGGAAGGGGAAGCUCCUGGCCCGGGCUCGACGCUACUCCAGCCCCGGGGGGGGGGGGGGGGGGGCUG